AUGGCAACUCUAAUGCUGCAGAUAGCUGAGCAAGAUCAAGAGGUGGAGCAGAUAAAGAAAGAUUUGUUCAAAUUGGCCAUGCAAGGCAAGUGGAACAAUGUCGUCAAGAUCUAUGAGAAAAAACCACAGGCUCACAGGGCCAAGAUCACUAGAUCAGGGGACACAGCAUUGCAUAUAGCUGUCUCGGAUCGCAAAGAAUCUAUAGUAGAAGAGCUAGUCAAAUGUAUCACUGAUGAGGAAGCUAAGGAAGCGAGUACUAGCUUCCCAGAAGGUAAGGGAAAACAAGCAGAAAAAUCUGAACACCCUCUUGAGAUAGCCAACGAGCGGGGGAAUACCCCUCUCCAUCUAGCAGCGUCAAUUGGAAAUGUUCGAAUGUGCCUGUGCAUUGCUGGAGGGCACAGGGAACUGGUGGGUAUUCGCAACAGUGAAAAAGAGACACCUCUCUUCUUGGCCGCUCUUCAUGGUAAGAAAGAAGCAUUCCUUUGUCUCCAUGGCUUAUGUAAACCCGGAGAACACUAUAACUACUGUAGAAGGGGCGAUGGCGAAACUAUUCUUCAUUGUGCCAUCUCUGGAGAAUACCUCGAUUUAGCAUAUCAAAUAGCUCAUAAGUAUGAAGGCCUUAUCAAUCUUUAUGACGAACGAGGGCACACGCCACUCCAUCUCCUGGCCAGUAAGCCUGCUGCAUUCGAAAGUGGUGCUCGCCUAGGCCGGUUCAACAAAAUUAUUUAUCAUUGUUUAUAUGUAGAGCAACUCAAGGAGGAAUCAUUCCCUCACUAUGAUAUCCAGCAAACUGUUGAAGACAAACGGGAGCCAGAGAAGUAUCCAAAGAACUAUACAACAUGUAUGGACUUCUUUCACGUGCUGGUAGUGCUGUGGAACACGAUUAAAAGACCAGCAACUUGGAAAAAGGAUUCGACAGCAUCUGAGAAGAGCGACCUGGAGAACCCUGAAAAGGGACAAGGUGAUGCUCCCCAGAAUCAAGGUGGUGUGAAGAUCAAGGAGGAAUCUUGUGAAGGCAGAAAGGAGCCCAAGAAGCAUACAAAGAACCACACACGUCUGAGCUUCUUUGGAGUGUUGAUGGUGCUGUGGAACCUGAUUAAAAUACCAGGAUUUGAGAAGCACACAGAGGCGAAUAAGCCUGAUUCGGAGAACCCUGGAAAAAACCAACGUGAUGCAUCCCAGAAUCAAGGCAAACAAUCAAGUAAUGGAGUUGACAAACAACCUCAACUAUUUCCCCCAAAUUAUUAUAUAAGUAUCGAGCUCAUCAAAUUUAUAUACAGAGCCAUGCUCGUCGUACUUGGAUUAGGAUCGAAACAGAUAAAGAAGAUACAUUCAAAGAAAGAGAAGCACUUAUGGUCCAUUCAAAUAAUGAACAAGCUACUUGACUCUUCUUCAAGUGAGUAUGAUAGUUCAGCCGGAAGUCAACCAUUGAAAACUAAGGAACCAGAUGAAACAGAUGCUUUUAAGGAGAUUGAGGCCAAUGAUACAAAGAGAAUGAAAACAUCAUCGAGUACGGGAAAUGAGAAAAGACAGCAAAAGAAGAAAAAUGAUGAAAAGGCAAAGGAGACUGAUGAAAUGGCAAAGAAGGAGACACCAAUACUAAUUGCAGCAAAGAAUGGAAUAGUAGAAAUGGUGGUGAGAAUCCUUGAACUUUUCCCUGUGGCCAUUCAUGACAUGAACUCGGAGAAGAAGAACAUUGUUCUAUUGGCAGUGGAAAAUAGACAAACUCAUGUUUAUGCUCUUUUACUCAAGAGGGAAAUUUUGAAAGACAGUAUAUUUCAUGUUGUGGAUCAUGAAGGUAACAGUGCUUUGCAUCUUGCUGCAAAGUUGAACGACAGACAUCCUUGGCGAAUUCCUGGUGCAGCCUUACAAAUGCAAUGGGAAAUUAAGUGGUACGAGUUCGUGAAAAACUCCAUGCCAAUCCAUUUCUUUGUCCGCUACAAUAACAACAACAAAACAGCAAGAGAGAUAUUCACAGACAGCCACGCAGAUCUCGUAGAUAAAGGUGGCAAAUGGCUCAACGACACCUCCAACUCAUGCUCCGUCGUGGCAGCCCUCAUAGCCACCGUCGCAUUCGCAACAUCCGCCACCGUUCCAGGCGGUGUCAAGGAAGGAAUUGGCGUGCCCACUCUGGAAAACCAGCCAGCUUUUAAUGUCUUCUCCAUUUCAUCUCUCAUCGCUCUAUGCUUCUCGGUAACCUCCGUGGUCAUGUUUCUGGCCAUUCUGACAUCAAGGCACCAAGAAAAGGACUUCGGCAGUGAUUUGCCUAAGAAGCUGUUGUUUGGGUUAUCGUCUCUCUUUAUAUCCAUUGCGGCCAUUUUGGUCUCCUUCUGUGCAGGCCAUUUCUUUGUUCUCAAGGAUGAACUGAAGUACUUUGCAUUUCCGAUAUAUGCCGUGACGUGCUUGCCGGUGACCUUUUUUGCGGUAAUGCAAUUCCCAUUAUACCUUGAUCUGAUAUGUGCUACCUUCAAGAAGGUGCCACAAAGAAGCUACGUAGCAGUUUCAUGAGGUUGAUUUUUCAUGUGUUCCAUCAUUCUUAGCGCUUGAUCGUGAUUUUGACAUUAAGAUUGAAAUGAUAAGGUUUUUGAGUUUGAUAUUGACUAUGUAGGAUUAAUUCUAGGUUUUUCUUGUUCUUUUUUCUUUUUUU